UCUUAACGUCAACUGUCAUUGUCAUUCAUUAUCCGUCAGGCGUCAACUGCACAAAAAAAUUACAGAAAAUCGCAGUUCAUAACAAUUUUUAUAAUUUUUGACAAAAAAGUAAGGUAAUCAGCAAAUAAUUAUGGCAUCGGCAAUGGAUGUCGACGAAGAAGAAGUCGAAAUGGCGUCUUCCAGCAGUGGUAAAGGAGAUAAAAAAAGAUUCGAAGUGAAAAAGUGGAAUGCCGUCGCUCUGUGGGCAUGGGAUAUUGUGGUGGACAACUGUGCUAUUUGCCGAAACCACAUAAUGGAUCUUUGCAUAGAGUGUCAAGCAAACCAAGCAUCUGCCACCAGUGAAGAAUGUACAGUUGCUUGGGGAGUGUGUAAUCAUGCAUUCCAUUUUCACUGCAUCUCUCGCUGGCUCAAAACAAGACAAGUUUGCCCAUUAGACAACAGAGAAUGGGAGUUCCAAAAGUAUGGACAUUAACAACCUCAAGAAUGUCAGAAGAAACCACUUUUUAACACUAAUGAACAUGUCAUAAUGCAUUAAGAUUCCAAUAAAUUUACUUCAAGUACAA